AUGCGUUCGUCCCUGCUGCUCCUCGGCGCGGCCGCGGCCAUGGCCAACCCGACGCCCGCCGGCCCCGGCGGUCCUCCUCCUCCUCAUCCUCCGCCGUCGCCGAAACCGUUCGAAUACCUCGUCACCUUCGGCGACAGCUGGACGGACAACGGCCGUCUCGUCUACUACAUCGUCAACAACGGCCAGGCGCCGCCACCAGGCCAGAUGCAUGACUAUAGCAACGUGACCGCCAGCGGUGGUCUCUCGUGGGCGCAGUUUGCCGCCAACAGCGUCGGCGCCCAGUUGCGUGACUACGCCGUCGGCGGCGCUGUUUGCAGCAACCAGAUCGUCGAGCGCUACUUCUCCUACAUCGGCCGCUCGUUCCCGGCCGUGCUGGACGACGAGAUUCCCAGCUUCCAGGCCGACGUCAACUACCGGAGCCUGUACCCCAAUCGCAACGCGCAGAACACGGUCUACGCGCUGUGGAUCGGCACCAACGACCUGGGCUUUGAUGCCUUCCUCUCCGACUCUGAGGCCCCCGGUAAGACCAUCGCCGACUUCGUCGAGUGCGCUUUCAAUGUGUUCGACGCCAUCUACCAGAAGGGCGGCCGCCGUUUCGUCCUCCUGAACACGGCUCCUCUCGAGUUGACCCCACUCUACGCCCACCCCGAGAACGGCGGCACCGGCGAUAGCCAGUUCUGGACCACCAAGACCCGGUAUAACAUGACCGAGUACGGCCAGAAGAUCAAGCAGUACUCGAGCGCCGUCAACCAGGCUUGGAAAUAUGGCCUUGCCUUCCAUCGCAAGCUGUCGAACCGCUGGGCCGGCGCCACCAUCGACCUGUUUGAUGUCCACCAGCUCUUCCGUGACAUCAUCGCCAACCCUACCUCGUACCUCGAUGCUCCUUACAACGUCACUGGCUACUGGCAUCACUGCCCGCCGAGCGGCUCGCCUUGCGAGGACCUCACCAGCUUGGGCCCGCGCUCCGGCUUCCUGUGGUAUGAUGAGCUGCACCCCAGCGACAAGACCAGCGAGAUUGUCUCUCAGCACUUCAUCAACGUUGUGCGGGGCAACAGCAUCUAUGGCACCCGCUUCAAAUGA